AGGAAGUCAUUAAUGGAUAGAAGAUGCAAUAAAUCAGUAUUUGCCAGCGACGACGACAACGAUGCUGAUGACGAUGAUGCUCAGGCCCAUCGCCACCCAUCUCCGACGAUCCCAAUACCCAAACGACAAAACCCACUUCAAUAGACACCAAGAGCACCGUCGUCGACCUCCCGCUGCAGCCUUCUGCUCUCUCCGCAGACGGAUCCGUCCCCUCUUCUGCUCUGCUUCCGACGAUGUCUCACUCCAACAGCUGCUCCAUCAGUUCGACCCUAAAGUUCCCAUAGAUGAGGCCGUCACUCCGCCCAGCUCAUGGUACACCGACCCUUCCUUUUUCGACCUUGAACUUCACCGCCUCUUCUACCGUGGCUGGCAGGCCGUAGGAUAUAUUCAACAGAUUAAAGAUCCUCGUGACUUUUUCACUGGCAGAUUGGGGAAUGUAGAGUUUGUGGUUUGUCGAGAUGAUAAUGGGAAGAUUCAUGCUUUUCAUAAUGUCUGUCGCCAUCACGCCUCUCUGCUUGCAUCAGGAAGUGGGCAGAAGUCGUGCUUUGUGUGCCCUUAUCAUGCAUGGACAUAUGGAUUGGAUGGACAGCUUGUUAAGGCAACUAGGAUAACAGGAAUACAGAAUUUCAAUGUAAAUGAGUUUGGGCUUAUACCAAUAACAGUAGCUACUUGGGGGCCAUUCGUUCUUCUCAACUUGGACAAAGAGAUAUUUCCUCAGGGGGAAGCUGAUAGUGAUAUAGUGGCCAAUGAAUGGCUUGGUAGCUGCUCAACUAUACUGAGUACCAAUGGAGUUGAUUCUUCACUAAGUUAUGUCUGUAGACGUGAAUACACUAUUGAAUGUAACUGGAAGGUGUUUUGUGACAACUAUUUAGAUGGUGGAUAUCAUGUACCAUAUGCACAUAAAGGCCUAGCAUUUGGUCUUCAGCUUCAAUCCUACUCGACCACGACUUUUGAAAAGGUUAGCAUCCAAAGUUGUGAAGGUGGCUCGAUGGAGAGGAAAGAUGAUUACGACAGACUCGGAUCAAAGGUUCUAUAUGCUUUCGUUUAUCCAAACUUCAUGAUCAAUAGGUAUGGACCUUGGAUGGACACCAAUCUGGUUCUCCCACUAGGACCCAGGAAAUGUCUAGUGGUAUUCGACUACUUUAUUGAAGCUUCUCUUAAGGAUGACAAAGAUUUUAUAGAGAGCAGUUUAGAAGACAGUGAAAGAGUGCAGCUGGAGGAUAUUGUGCUAUGCGAAGGUGUUCAAAAGGGCCUUGAAUCACCUGCAUAUUCUACUGGCAGAUAUGCUCCUACUGUUGAGAAGGCCAUGCACCAUUUCCAUUGUCUGCUUCAUCAAAACCUAUCAAAUGAUUGUGUUGUGGAAUAACGUUACCACACAAACAUCCCACAAACUAUUGGAUUUUUAUUUUAUUUAUUUUAUUUUUAUUU